AGUCUUCCUCAGUAGAAGACAAAACUGUCCUUAAGAAGACACAGCAAGGGAAGAACAAGGUGCUAUUCCAGAGCCCUGUCACUGGAGGUUGCCCUAUCCUUCUCCCAGCUAGACCAGUCCUGCCAGGCAUUUCCCAGCCAUACCGUCUUUGUUGUUGGCAGCCACCAUUUAGCCAGCCAUGCUGAUCCUGACCUGUGCCACCAAGCUGCAGUUGCUGGAGUCUGUGCUGCAAAAAAGCCUGCCUCAGACACUUCCGGUUUGUGGGGCAGUGAUGCACAUCAACCGUGGAAACCCAGCGCAGCAUGAAGUGGUGGUAGAUUCAUGGCCUGAGUUUAAAGUUGUCCUCACCCGGCCACGUAAGGAGGUGGUAAAAGAAAACGGGGAUUACUACACUAAUUUGCAUGCUGCCUUUUACUGGGAUAUAGAUGCCUGUCAAUCCUUGCUGGAAAACAAAAAUGCUAUUGACUGGGGCAGAGCUUUUCAGUUGCAAGGCCUUCAAGAUGGGUUGUACAAAGUUUCUAAAAGUAUUGCAGAGGUUAGACGUGUUGAACUGAAGCCCUAUUUCUAUCAAGCAGUGCUGCAUCCAGACCCGUCUACUUGCUGUCCAAGCCAGUUCAAGAGUGACCUCUUCCAUUACGGGACCCUCAACUCAUCUCAUGUAGUUCUGAUCAAUGAAACCUGGAGCAUCGGGGGCAAUCAUCAAAGCUUGCGCUACCUGAAUAGCCUGAUCUGCAACUUCCCUAGCGCUUGCCUCUUAGACAAGGAAGGCCAGCUGGCUUCCUGGACACUUAGUGAUCCACUUGCAUGCCUGACUCAUUCUUACACCCUUCCGCAGUAUCGAGGACACCGUUGUAACACAGUUGUGGGGCUGGAAGCUGCCAGGAAAAUGCAUGCCAAGGGGUUUCCUGCGUAUGGUGGGGUUCUACCUGACAACAAAGCUGCCAAGCAGGGACUAAUGAAAUAUCAAGGUUUCCAUACUUUACCAUUUACAAAGUACGUCCUUUUCUUCACACCAGGAUGCUAAAGCCCCCCAAAUUGGAAAAAAUAAUGUUUUUCAGUCAUCUGUAUAUACAGUAUAUUCAAUAUGAUGUUAUGAAAAAGUAGUAUAACAGUAUUUAUAGCAGUUCCUUUUUUUGUAUCAGCUCAAGAACCAGAAAUAGAAGCAUUUCCUUUGCCUUCUUUUCCAAUAGUGUCCCGAACAACAGUGUUAAUCAUUUAAUGUCAGGACCCAACCAUUUGUAGAGUCUUAUACAAAUAUCUCCCUUGUGUGGCUUUGCCUUAUCAUGAUGUAAGCUGAAGUGGUUUAAACAGCAUUUUGUUGGUUUUGUUCUAUUAUAGAGAAUUUCAAUUUCAUUCAAAACUUUCACAAAAUCUGUGGCCUGAAUGUGGUACUCACCUGUCUUCUGCUUUCCCCCAUGCAAACAAUAGUGCUUGCCUUUUGUAUUUAUUAAAAUGUCUCAUGUUCAUAGAACUGGUUUGUACUUUGGUUGUUUUUCAUAGGAUAGAACCAAUUUGAAAAGUACAGUGUUUCCUCACUUAUCGCGGGGGUUACGUUCCAGGACCACCCGUGAAAAGUGAAAAUCUGCAAAGUAGAGACACUAUAUUUGUGUUGUUUACAAUCUCACUGAUGCUGUCCGACUGUGUUGUUUACAAUCUCACAAAGCUGCUUCAGCCUCCUUUUGUCUCCCUUCGGCGUCUCCUUCCUUCCUUCCUUCCUUCCUUCCUUCCUUCCUUCCUUCCUUCCUUCCUUCCUUCCUUCCUUCUUUCCUUCGGCUUCUCCUUAGGAAGGAAGGAGAAAGAGAGAGGAAGGAAAAAUCAUAAUUUUUAUGGUUUAUUAUAUUGUUUUAGUGUUUAUUGAAAAUCACUAAACAGCAAAUCUGUGUUUAACUUGCUCAAGACCUCCCAGAAUUACCAGCUCUUUAUCACUGAGAAAGUUCUAUCAGUAAAUUUAAUGAGAACUUAUUACUAGUGCUGCAGUUUCUAUGUGACAAUAUUGUAUCAUGUGCAGAAAUAAAAAGGAAUAUAAACCCUUUCAACUUUA